ACUAAAGCAAAGCGAAAACUUAAAGGAAUUUUUGCACUGGGAAAAACGCAAGCGCCAGCGCCAAUCGUGGAGAGUUGUUUUUUAAAAAAGCAUGAGCACAACGGCCGCCAGUCUCAUUGAGGCGGCUCUAAAUGCCAGCAGCAGCUUGGCUGCUAGCAACUCAACGGUGACAACAUCAACAACAAGCACAACAACAGUGAAACCCAAUACCAAUUACGUUGUCCAGGUGAAGGAUCCAAUGAGUGCGCCCCUCGAGCCACUGCUCCACGUGGGCGAUGGGAUAUUCCUGCAAACGAAGACCGCCCAGGUGCUAGCGGGUGUCUGUGUAUGGGCCGCACUAUUCAUCACCUGUCAACAGAUCUAUCAGCAUCUGCGCUGGUACACAAAUCCUCAGGAGCAGCGGUGGAUUGUACGCAUACUGUUCAUUGUGCCCAUCUAUGCGACAUACUCGUGGAUCAGUUUGUUGUUCUUCAACUCGGAUAAUGUCUAUAUAUACUUUUUCACAGUAAGAGAUUGCUACGAAGCCUUUGUCAUUUACAACUUCUUGUCGCUGUGCUAUGAAUACCUCGGCGGCGAGGGUAAUAUUAUGUCGGAGAUACGUGGUAAACCCAUCAAGACCUCUUGUUUGUACGGCACCUGCUGCCUGAAGGGCAAGACCUACACGAUUGGCUUCCUGCGCUUCUGCAAGCAGGCCACAUUGCAAUUCUGUUUGGUAAAGCCACUGGUGGCGUUUAUCAUUAUAUUUCUGCAGGCCUUUGGGCACUAUCAUGAUGGUGACUGGAGUGCCGAUGGUGGUUAUAUUUACAUCACAAUCAUCUACAACAUUUCCGUAUCGCUUGCCCUGUAUGGACUGUAUCUGUUUUACUUUGCCACACGUGAUCUUUUGACUCCGUUCGAGCCCGUCUUGAAGUUCUGCACCAUCAAAUCGGUGAUAUUCUUGUCGUUUUGGCAGGGCGUGGGCCUGGCCAUACUGGAGAAGGCGAAUGUGAUCUCGCCCAUUGUGGACAGUGCGGGCACUGUGGCCACAGAGGCGGGCACUGUUUCGGCCGGCUAUCAGAACUUUUUCAUAUGCAUUGAAAUGCUUUUCGCUGCGAUUGCGCUGCGCUAUGCGUUCCCCUAUCAGGUAUAUGCACGCAGCUGCAUUAGCGAUGGCCAUGGGCGUUCUGUUACCAUGCAGUCGAUUUCUAGCAGUCUAAAGGAAACCAUGAAUCCAAAGGAUAUUAUGACAGAUGCUAUACACAACUUCCAUCCGCAAUAUCAGCAGUACACGCAAUACAGUUCAGAAGUAACCUCGGCGCAGCGUUACGAAAAGCUCUAAAAUGUAUACGAAAUUAAGCAAAAGCAAAACUCUAGCGAUGCUCGCUACCAAAAAAAAAAAAAAAUCAUAAUCCAAAAAAAAAAAAACACUAAAAACGGACACAAUACGAAAUGAAGCAAAAUACAAAACUGUACUUAUAGCUUAUGUCCCUCCACUGCAGUUGCCUUACAGAUGAUGAAAGAGAGACAGAGAGAGAGAUACGUACUAGGCCUAGUUACUUACUAAAACACACAAUCAAAUGCUGAAAGCUGCAACAGAAAAUGCCUUAGGGAUGACCCUACCAUCCCCACCCUCUUCUAACCAUUCAACUUUGUUUUGUGUUCGUGCCCCGUCUGUGUACUUUUUUGUAUUUCUUAUUUUUAAAAACUCUUAAAUUUAAGCAUUUUUUUAAACAAAUUAUUUAAAUGUUAGCAUAUACGUUUAAAUGACCUUCUGAUGACAUACCAACAACAAAAACCAACAAUAAUAUGUAAACUAUUAUACAUAUACGUAAACAAAUGAUUUUAUUACAUACAUAUAUUGUAUUGUAUGGCAGUAGAUUCCGUUUUCCCAACCCAACCCCAACCCGAACCCCUUCAGGCAGCAUUUACUUUUCGCUCAAAAGAUACCAAAAAAAAAAAAAAAAAAUCAAAAACCCCAGAGUUUUCUUUUAGUUUCUCUUUGUUUUCCCCUCCCUUUUGUGAUAGACCUCAAACCCUAAGCUCUUGUCGUGCUUUCGUCUAUAUAUUUCGUGUUUCUUUGUAAAUGUUUAAAUCUUUAAAUCAAAUUGUAUAAAAUAUCUAGAAAAUAAAUGUACAAAUAAGCUUGA